CAAGUCUACCAAUAUCUUAGAGUGCUUUAAUUUCUUGACCAAACCCACAUUUAUCUAUAUACAUUUAAUCUCUUUGGCUUUCUCUGUAUUUCAAGAAAUACUUGGUGACAACUGAAGCUUUUCCAAGAAACAAGAUCAUGGAUAUGCUGUUUGAAUCAUCAACAUCUGAAGGAGCAGAACUGGGCAAGAGGCCAGCAUCGACGGCCCUAGAGAAUGGAGGCAAGAAACGAGCCUCAGGACAGAUGGAACAAACUCAUGAUAUAAUCACGGUCGUAGUCAAGAGUCAGGUAAAAGAGGUCCAUUUCAAGGUUAAACGCAACACUAAGAUGCAAAAGAUCUUCAAGAUGUUCUGUGACAAAGCUCAAGUAGAAUUCAGGUCUAUGCGGUUCCUCAUCGAUGGCUGUCGAGUCUCGCCUACUGCUACCCCUGAAGAGCUUAACAUGAGGGAUGGUGACGAAGUUGAGGCCAUGAUAUAUGCUGGAGGAGGCGGCAAUGUGGCCAUUGUUUAAUUGCAGCUGGAACUGCAACUUAUGCCAUCAUUUUCUUCGAAAUCAGAAGAUUUAGGAUAUUGUUACUUUACGAAUGAAAACUUCUAGCUCCCUGUGUUCCUAUUUCUGUUCGCACAAUCCUCUACGCCUACUAUGUGUGUUGGUAUUUAACAACAUUGAUAUGGAACUCAGAGGCAUGUGCAUUUGAUUCUGCAAUGAUCAGAGUCAUUCCUAUAUGAUUCUUAUUACAAUCUUUUCCG